UGUAUAUAUAUAUUCACCCUCCAAUGCCAACUACACUCAGGGGCUCAGUAAUCAAAGCAGAGGACCGUAGCAAGUCAACUUCUCUCUCUGUUGUGUUUUUCUUUCUUAUCAACUAAAAAUCAUGGAGAAUCUGAUGGGUCUUCUCAGAAUUCAUGUCCAAAGAGGAGUAAAUCUUGCUGUUAGAGAUGUAACCACCAGUGACCCUUACGCUGUGAUCAAGAUGGGCAGACAGAAACUGAAAACUCGUGUGGUGAAGAAGAAUAUCAAUCCUGAGUGGAAUGAGGACUUGACUCUGUCUAUUUCAGACCCAAAUCUUCCAAUCAGUAUUGCAGUUUAUGACCACGACACAUUCAGCUUAGAUGACAAAAUGGGCGAUGCGGAGUUUGAUAUUCGUCCAUUUCUUGAAGCUAUGAGGAUGGGGUUGGCAGGGCUUCCCAAUGGAACCAUAAUCACAAAAAUCCAGCCAUGCAGGGAAAACUGCCUCGCCGAAGAGAGCUGCAUUAUUUGGAGUAAUGGCAAAGUGGUUCAGAAUCUGUUUCUUAGACUGAGAAAUGUGGAGCGUGGCGAAUUGGAACUGCAAUUACAAUGGAUUGAUAUUCCUGGUUCGAGAGGUUUGUAGACACGGAACAAUUGUAUCUGCUUCUUGAUCUGCAUAAUGUACACGCCUGGUCCAGAGCAUCUGAAGGUUGUGUCAAAUAGUUUUCUGUUGUGUUUGUUUUUGAAAUUUGUGGGAACAUAUGCAUAUUAUCAGGUUUCUUUUAAGGAACUGCUACGUAUCCUAUGUAUUACUUUGAAAUGUACUCUCUUUAUCCUCUAAACCAUAUCAAUGGUGACUAGUCUGCAGAUCAGGUCGCAGCACAUUUCAUGAAGAAAUAUGAUCUUGUGGCAUAAAUGGCACAAUGGCAUCGUAUUUACAACUCUAUGCGUUAGUAGGAAUAAGAAGUCAUGAAUUCGGAUUUGUGUGAAAACAAGUUGCUUUGUAAUUCUGAUGUCUAGAGUCUCAAUUUCGUUUUUUUUUUUUUUUAUGUU